CAGAACGUUCAAUGUCUAUGAGGAUACAAAGUACAUGAUGAUGACAGAGGAAGAUGAAAAAGGCAAAGAAAUUGAAAAGAUUCAUGUUGAUGGUACUAACAAGUUUGUCACUGAAGACAACAUAUUCUCAGAAGAUGAAAUUACCAAUUUUCAGCAGCAUAUAUUGGAGAUAAUUGGAAGUACUCAGAUGGCUGGAAGGCGUUUUACUCAAAAUGGAUCAAGCAGUACUCAGAUAUACGCACAAAUGACGCUGCCAUAUGUUUCAAACCAGGGUGGAUACAUGGAUUUGAUGAUGGAACAGAUACGUAACUCGCAAGGAGAACCAGUGAGUGAACUAGGCAAUGAAAUGCAAAGUGCCCUAUGCACACAAAAUGAAACCAUGAACAAAAACCUACUAGUGGCCCCAUGUGAGACAUACACACAGAUGAUUCUUGAGGAGGACUCAACGCUUGCAAAUGCAGACAUAUCCAAGUUUGGAUACAUGGAUCUAAUGAUGGAACAGAUAUAUAACUCGCAAGGAGAAUCAGUGAGUGAAGUAGGCAAUGAAAUGCAAAGUGGCCUAUGCACACAAAAUGAAACAAUGAACAACAACCUAAUAGGAGCACCAUGUGAGACAUACACACAGAUGAUUCUUGAGGAGGACUCCCCGCUUGCAAAUGCAGACAUAUCCAAGGAGACAUUUGGGGAAUGCAAUGAAGCUGAUACAUCUAAAUAUGGGGAAGCAGUAUACCACGGGGAUCUCUUUGAGAUAAUGCAUGUACAACAACUAACUGAAUGUGCGCAAAAUGAUGAUGGAAAAGAAACUAAAACAUCAAGUGCUAGUGCAAACUUUGAUGAUUGA